GUCUUUAUUCACUCGCCUCGUCGUCACGACUCAGCCGUACAUUGCGUCGAAGCAUCGCAACAAGCCAUGCCGCGAGCGAGUAGAGGCUACCAGCCUUGGAUUGCCUAUCAAGGCUACGAGCCGGCCACCGGAGACAGCAUUGCCCGCGAGUGCGUUGAUGAUCUGACACCACAACGUCUCUGGGACUCGUACAUCUCCAAGCGUCGCCCCUGCAUAAUUAAGGGAUUUCCUCGCGACGAGCAGUGGAAGGCCGAUGCGUGGCGAGACCUCACGCAUCUGUCCCACCUUGCAGGCCACGUCCCGGUCAAAGUCGAGCCCAUCCACCCCAAGCUCGGCCACUUUGGUACAGCUGCCAAGAGGACCACGGUGCCCUUCGGCGAUUAUGUAGCAUCUCUGAGAAGCGAGGGGACUCUUGAAGGAGGAGGCGAGGCCGCUGAUGGGCAAUGGUAUCUGACUACGCAGUAUGAUGAGGAGGACGACGACGACGAAGGAGCGACUAGUGAGGAGCUGGGCGAUCUAAGAGAUGGCAACGAGAGGAAGAGGAAGCGCUCCAGCUCUGGCAGCUCGGCAUCCUCUUCAUCUUCCGUCUUUUCAUCGACUUCCUCUUUGGACACCAACAGCCAUCCCGUCGACUCUCUACUUGGCCCCACACCCCUCGACCCACCACUGCCCUCCCCCACGCACGCCCUCGCCCACUCUUUCCCGCCCAAGCCAACUCUGAUGGGCAACCUCGUCCUCCAACAAACAAAUCUCUGGCUAGGUGCCUCAACACAAGGCAAAUCAUCAGGCCUGCAUCACGACUUCCACGACAAUCUCUAUGCUCUCAUCCGUGGACGAAAGAGAUUCGUUCUCUUUCCCCCUACCGCAUUCAAGUUCUUGCACCCUCGGGGUACGGUGGAAAGGGUCCACCACAACGGGCUGAUAGAGUACACCCCUCGCCCAAUAGACCCAGAGGAGGGCGAAGUCCUACACGUAGAUGAUCCGCGCUCCUCCCGCCUGCCGCUACGCCCCGACGGCCUCCCAGCAGGGGAAGCGGCACGCUGGCGCCUCUACGCGCGAAAGGCAGCACUUCGCCGAGUCGAGGAGGAUGCGGCUGCCAGCUCCGGCGAGGGAGCCGUACCACGGGGCAUGAGGAAGGGCAAAGGACGGAUGACCCAGGAACAGGAGGAGGCUGAAAGUGCGAUAGAGGAGGCGAGGCGAGAGGCGUGGGCUAUUGCCCGAUUGGAGGGGGAGGUUGAGGGGGAGAAUAGUGAGGAGGAGGAGGACAGUGGGGAGGAGGAUGGAGAUGAUGGGAGCCUGUUUGCUAGGCUGGCGGGGAUGGAGAGUGAUAGUGAGGAAGAAAGAGAGGACAGCGAGGACGAUGAGGAAGGAGGGUACGACCCGGAGCUCCAGAUGGCUCUCCAGGCUCUGGCCAGACGAGCAGCUCAGGGUGAUAUGCAGGCUGCUGAGGCGCUGCGUAGCCUCGUACAAGACGAUGACGAUGACGAGGAAGAAGAAGACGCGGAGGAGGAGGAGGAAGAGGACGACUCAGAGGAGCUUCAAGGUGCCUUACUUGAGGAGAUUGACUCCGACGAUGACAACGAUGACAACGACUCCUCUUUGGCAGAAGACGACGGCGCACGACGCUCUCCACCCCUGGUUAUCCCCCGCAAUCACGGGCACAACCUCCCUGGCGGCCUCCGUCGAGACGAUGGGGAUGACGAAGGAUCUGACUUCUUCGGGGAAGACGACGGCCCCAUUGGCCAGUUCGAUGACUUUGCCGCGAAUGCCGAGCUGCUCUUGGCAGACGAUGAUGACGAAGAGGGUGGAGGCCAGGGCGGCAUCGGAGAAGGAGGGGAUGCUGAGGCCGAGGAGGAGGAGUUGAGGGCUAUGGCUGCGCUGAGGGGCGAGGUGAUGCGUCGAAUGGCUAGGGCUGCCGGAGGAGCGAGCGCUGCCUCGCGUCGGGGCAGAGGAGCGGGAAGGAGCGUGCAUGGCUCCAGAGCGUUGAUGCGCAUUCAGCAAGUCGGCGCCUCAGACGACGAGGACGAGGAUGAUGGCGAAGAGGACUUGGGCAAUCUCGACUCCGACGAUGAUGAGGACGAGGAAGAAGACGACGCGGCCGAAGAAGAGAGGCUCGAGCGCUUGCUCGCUGCCCAUCGCCAAGGGCUGGACAUUGAUGAUGAUUUCCACGAGCUGGACUCAGAAGACGACGACGAAGGUGAUGACGAGGAUGAAGAGGACGACGAGGACGACAGCGAGGACUUUGACGAAGCCAAUCUCGACGAAGGUGAUGCAGUACUCGCUGCACUUGCGGCACAAGCUCGCGGACAAGGCUACCAGGACGAGGACGACCAGGAGGACGAAAGCGAACCAGACGACAGCGACAGCGAUCUCACGACGCCCACCACCACUUCCUCGUCUGCUCCAUCCGACCAAAACGAACCCCUCUCGUUCUCGCUUAUCCCGCCCGCCGUACUUCACGCCCACUUCGGGUUGGACGACUCCCUGGCCUCUCCCGCCGGCACAUCCUCCCCUACCUCUUUAGCAGGGAAAGAGCCACGCUCCAAGCUCUACCCCCUGCGCGGUAAACGACCCCUUCCGGGCUGCCCUCAGCCGCUAGUCGCAGAGCUCCAAGAGGGAGAGAUGCUGUUCUUGCCCGCCGGCUGGUGGCACGAGGUCACCAGUCAGGCUAGCUCACAGGAAUCCAAUGGCAGCGCCACGGAAGACGCCGACGCGAGAGUGCACAUGGCUCUCAACUUUUGGUUCCAUCCGCCAGACAAUCUCCUCCCUUCUGAUCCGCCUGCUCUCAAUGGCGUUGGCGAAGAGAAGAGAGGCAGCGGUAAGAAGAAGGGUCGCCGUGCGCAGCAACAGGCCGGAUCUGGGUCCGGCAGCGGUAGCGCUACUGCUCAGAAUGGCGAAGGAGCCGAUGGCGGAGGGUUUGCCCAGCCCUAUCGCGACGUCGAGGUGUGGGAUUGCUUGCGCGAGGAGGUCAAGAGGCUCGUAUCUGAGGCAAUCGCGAAAGGCGAUGAAGGACGCAAAGCAGAUGGCACUGAAGGGGAGCCGGCAGUCGGCAGUAAGAAGAGAGCGAGGAGGACGUAGAUGGAAGCCAAUUUGUCUCACAGCAAAUAUCACGAGAGAGCAAUCAAGUGGGGGAGGCCAAGUUGCCUCAUCUAUGCGCAUGUCUAUUUGUCGUGAGGCUUCGUCAAGUCUAUCUGUCGUAAUACAGCAGCAUCACCAACGCCUGCCUAUCGCUCUACGGCCCAGCCGUCAGAAGCGCCUCAUCUGUCCUCCUCCUGCACGCCUUGAGGAAUUUGACCAAAUCCGUCCCGCCCGUACCGACGGGCCCUGCCUGCUCUUUCUCCAUUUCCUUUGC